GGACAGUGUAUAAAAGAUGAACGUGGGGAGUUUUCCAAACCUACAAUCAGUCACACACUCUUCAGAAGGGGUCGCAAAAAUGAUGGCCGAUUACGAAAUGUUUCUGAAGCCCUGGGGAAACUUCGUGAUAGAGGGCGCAGGUCACGGAGGACAAGUUCUGAAACGUUUGUUUCAGAAGCAUCCGGAUACUCUAAAGCUCUUCCCGGAGUUCAAGAGCAUUUCUUACGUGGAGUUGGGGAAACACGGCAAGACUCUGCUGGAGAAGCUGGGUGAGCUGCUGUGGGCCAAAGGAAAUCAUGCUGCCAUCAUCCAAAAGCUGGCCACCUCGGACGUCAAAACAGACAAGAUCAUCCAUAAACACUUCAGGCAGAUCACUGGGGUGCUGAUGGAGGUGAUGAAGGAUUAUGGGUUUCUGGGCUCAGACGACUGGAAAAAGCUCGAGAGAGUCAUGAAAAACAUCGCUAAUGAUAUCAGAUUAACCAGUUAAAGCACUUGUCUUGUUUAUGCCAUUAGUGAAAAGAAGUUACAGUGCAGCUAAUACGAUUAAAAACUAUCAACAGAAAACAAAUCAAAAAUAAACAUGCAUCUGUGUUCAGAGGUUUUCUUGUGUGAUUUAAGGCAGCCUAGAUGCUUCAAAGGCAUAUUGUCAGAGAUUUUUGUCAGGGCAGCGCCAUGUUUAAUUUGGGCAGGAAUGAAUACGAGGCUGGUCUUUCUGAAUUAAACUUUAUAAUUGAAAAAACUCCACAAACAGUUUUGAAAAUUGUGAAAAUCGCGUGAUCUUUCUACAUUGGUGUACAGUCCCUAACAGCCUCGCUUUCUUCCUCGUUAGAUUCAGAAUGAUGAAGGUCAGCUGGAAUGAGCAGAGAGCCAAUCACGUCAGGUUUAGAAGGUCAGCUGAUCUGAUGAUGUCAUGACAGUGACCGCAGGGUCUCAUGAGGAGCCUCAGAUUAGUUUGAUUUAACUUCAUCUUAAUUGCACUUGAGUGAUUGCACAAAUAAUAAUUUGGGAGAAAAUGACAAUUGAAAUAGUUCCAUGAAAUCCAGUGAUGCCUCUCUUAUUUUGAAAGAUCAGAUUCUCUACACUUGCUUUGUCUUACUAUAAUUAAUCUGCAUUAUAAAUAAUUUGUUUCACUUUUGUAAAGCAGCACUUAUCAAUAAAUGUCACUUUUACUGGGAGAAAA